GUAGAUAGCCUACUAUAUAUCGCCAACACUAGAGAAACGAACUCUUCAGUACCUGCGCUUCAUACGCGCACCUCCCCUUCCUCCCCCCAUCCAACGUGGCUGCCUGCCAAGGCCAAGUUCACGCAUUCGACUCUCAGGACCUUAUCAACGUCUACAUCCCAGACGGCCCUGAGACUAUCAUCUACCAUUGCGAACAGCAGCCGUGCCCGAACCGAACCCCCCGAUCAAUCCCGGAGGACUACCCACGCUACAAAGCGAUCCGACGAGCGCAACACCCGCUCGGACCCCGAAGCACCCUUGCAUCUCGAUCAGCCUCGCGGCACUCUCGCCCUGUCUCCCCUAGCUCCCGUCUCCCUCAAACUGUCGUCACUGAUCCAGAUCAAGCGCGAGGAGAUCUCCCUCCAGAUCCUGCACCAGAGCCAGAGCCUGAGGAGAGUGAGGGUGAAGAAGGAGUCUCGGAGUCCGAGUCCGAGGAUUCUGUUGGGUCCGCCUCGC